UGCCAAGUCUUGCAGCGAACGGACGACGAACCUUGCCGGUCUUACCGAGAAAGAAAGUGCUUCUUCGGCUUCGGCCAUAACUGUUCCGCGUUCCAAAUCUACACGAUUUCUUGCUUCCUUUCUUUUCCUUCUUUCUUUCUUUCUCAACGCCGAGUUUAUCGAUCCAUCGUGAGGUGAAAAGAGUGGUGAUUGUUGUUGGAGUUUGGAGAAGUGGGCUUUUGCUAUAGAGAAAGUUCGUCGAAUCUCCGAACUUUGGGUUCAGCUCUGCGAGCUCUCUGCAUUUUGGGGUGACAACGAAGAAAGUGAUUGGAGUUUUGUGCUUGGAAUAUGCAAAUUUGGCAGUAAUUAAACGAAAGUGAAAUAUUGAAUUUUGAUCAAUUCUGAAAGUUUCGAACCAGUUCGGCAAAAUGGUGCUGCAAAUGUCCGACAUGCUGUACGAGAAUCCGCUCGAUCACUUCCUGACCCUGAUCGUGGACUUUGUAAUCUUCUUCUUCAAAUCGAUCUACUACGUGCUGGAGGCCUGUCUGCUUAGCUGUAUUCCCUAUCGGUACCGCAAGAAGAAGGACGUCUCCGGCCAGGUGGUGCUAAUUACCGGUGGAGGUGGCGGCGUUGGACGUCACCUAGCACUCAACUUUGCCCGGCUCCGGUCCCGGGUCGUCAUCUGGGACAUCAACAAGGAUGCACUGAAGGGCACGGCGGACGAACUCCAGGCGGAGGGUUUCUACUGCCACACCUACCUGGUGGACAUCGCGGACCGCGAACAGGUCUACGAGGUAGCCAAGAAGGUUAAGCAGGAGGUCGGUGACGUCAACAUCCUGAUCAACAAUGCCGGUAUUGUGGCCUGCCGCACGCUGUGGGACCUCACCGAUAAGGCCAUCGAGAGCACCUACGCGGUUAACAUUCUGUCACACUAUUGGACCACGCGGGCUUUCCUGCCGGAGAUGAUGAACACCAACAAGGGACACAUUGUGACCGUUGGGUCCGUGGCCGGGCUUAUUGGAACGUAUGGCUGCACGGAUUAUAGCGCCACCAAGUUUGCCUGUGCCGGAUUCCACGAGGCGUUGUACACUGAAUUGAAGACCCACGGCUUCGACAACAUCCACCUGACGCUGGUCUGCCCGUACUACAUCAACACGGGAAUGUUCGCCGGCUGCAAGCCGCGCCUACUGCCAAUGCUGGAGCCCAAACACGUCGCCGACAGCAUGGUCAAGUCGAUCCUGAAGAACGAAGUCAACUGCACCCUGCCCGACAGCGUGCGCGUGUUCGUCCCGUUCAAGUACCUGCUGCCGGCGAAGAUGUGCUGGGAGGGCAUGUGCCGCCUCAUGAAGGGCCCCCAGACGAUGAUGGGCUUCCGCGGCCGGGGAAAGGCCACCGCCGGAUAAUUUUGGAAUUUCUUUCGCAAAAACAAACAAAGCAACUCUGAGUAAUCGACAACUUUGUUUUAAUGUUUCCAUCAUUACUAAACGUAAGCGGCUGUUGUGGCCGUCGACUUGUUGGUUGUAAGCUCCGCAGGUUGUAGCACGUAAGAUAUCUUUUUGUAACUACUUUAAAAUUUAAAGUACUUUCAAAUAAACGAAACCUUCUUUAAUAACUA